CGUAGUAGGAUGUAAUCCCUGUUCACAGGCUGACGGACGAUUGCCCCCUGUUACUAAGUGUUGUUUAUUAACUGUCUGUACAUAAUGUUGCACUGACGAUCACACACUGAGAAUGUUCCGAUUGCUGUGUAAAUGUUUAGGACUUGUGUUAUUUGUGGUUGUGAUUAUCAUUAUUAUAAGGACCGCCACUUUCUCCGUUCGUACGGACGCGGUCAGAAGUUGUCGUCUAAACGAUACUGAUUUUAUACCGGCUACCGAGGAAGUCAUAGGACGGUUUCAAAAGGCUUUACGCUUUCGGACCAUUUCUACAAACCUGCAUCAAUACGAUAGAGAAGAACUUCAAAAGAUGGUGGACUUUGUUCACACAGCUUUCCCUGUGGUCCAUUCCUCACCACUCGUGACUCAUGACGUAGUAAAUAACUACAGUCUUCUGUAUAAGGUCCAUGGUUCGAAUCCAGAGCUCAGACCAUACAUGUUGUGUGCACAUUUAGACGUAGUGCCCGUGGAUGAAAAAGCUUGGGAUGAAGAUCCAUUUGGAGCCAAUAUAAAACAUGGAUUUAUUUACGCUCGUGGAACGAUAGAUGUUAAACAAAUUUUAAUGGGUGUGCUUGAAGCAACAGAAUUUUUACUAAAAUCUGGUCAUAAGCCAACACGAACUUUUUAUCUUGCAUUUGGACAUGACGAAGAGGUAACAGGUCUUGAUGGGGCUGCUAAAAUAAGCGAGCUUUUAUACAACAGAGGGGUUCGAGAUCUGGAGUUUUUAAUAGACGAGGGGACAACUAUUGUCAACAACCUCUUCCCAGGAGUCAGUAUUCCAAUCGCCGUAGUAGGAACAUCAGAGAAAGGGUCGCUGAACGUUGAAUUAUCUGUCACUGGAAGUCCAGGUCACUCUUCAAUGCCAGCAGGGGAGACAACUAUAGCUACAUUAGCAAGGGCCAUAACUAGGUUGGAGGAGAAUCCCCACCCUAACAUGUUUGGAACAGGACCAGAGAAAGACACAUUUACUCACCUCGCUUCAUCUCUAUCAUUACCUUUUCGAGCAGUUAUAACAAAUUUGUGGUUGUUUGGACCAGUUGUAUCCAGACUGUUUUCAAGAAUUCCAUCUUUGAAUGCUAUCGUAAGAACUGUGACAUCAGUAACCAUGGUGAAUGGUGGUGUUAAGGUGAACGUCCUGCCACCCUCCGCCACGGCCCUGGUUAAUCAUCGUAUACACCCAGCACAGUCUGUGGAAGAGGUCCUAGACUAUGACAGGAAAGUAAUUAAUGAUGAAAGAGUCAAGCUUCGAGUGGUGACCUCUAUGGAGCCCCACCCAAUGUCCCCCUAUGGGGACGAGGAUUUCGGUUAUCAGACGAUAAAAAACAGCAUCCGGCAAAUCUGGACCAGUGCUACAGUUGUACCUGGAGUCAUGAUCGGAAAUACCGACACAGUGCAUUAUAUCCGCUUUACCAAGAACAUAUACAGAUUUAGCCCUACCUUCAUGUAUCCAGAAGAUCUAAAACGGUUCCAUGGAAACAACGAAAGACUCUCAAUUAAAAAUUAUGAGCAGGUUAUUAAUUUCUAUUAUCAUUUACUUGUCAAUGCAGAUGAGGUAAAAUUGCCCUCUAUACAUAAGCAUGGAGAAGAAUUGUAAAGAGCUUUGAAAGUGCUUUUAUAAAUUUAUCUCAGGUUAUGUUAUACUUGCUACAGCCUCCCUUUCCAACUAGUAUGAAUGGAGAGGGAAAAAAUAAGAUAUUUGUCAUGUAUAUGUAUAUACAUGUCAGUUCUAUGAUCAUUCCUCAAGUCAUCCCAUUUUAAAUAUUUAACGCAGCAAGCUUUUGCGAAUCAUUUUCUUUUUUUAAUAUCGUAUACUAGUAUUACAAGAGAAACCUACAUGCAUUUUAAAAUGCAAUAAUAUGAAAUGUGUUACCCGGUAUUUUAUCUCUUUUAAUUCAUUAAGAUUGAAUUACUCCGUAUUUUAAGGUUAGUCUCAUGGGGUUUUGAUUUAAAUUUAACUUGAAGGAAUUAAAAUUGAACCGUUGAAAUAUUUUUCAACUGAAGCACAUUUGUUUAAAUGCUUGACAUUUUGAAGAAUAAAAUAAAAUCACUAACCUUUAAUGAAAUUCAUCUGUUACUGUUUGAGAAAUCAGCCAUGCAAAAGCAGGUCUAUAUUUUUUAUGAAUACAUGGGAAUAAGUUAUUUUUAAUGUAAUCAAAGUUAAACUUUAUCUCAUUAUUCCUAGGUCAGUGAAAAAAUUAUGUUAAUGUUCUCAUAUGCUACAUAUAAUAUCCUCACACCCCUCUGUACCUUAGAUCCUCCUAUCUAUCCUAUCCUGCUCACACUUCAUUGAUCCUGAUGAUCCUAAAGAUAAAAUCAUGAACUUCAAACUAGGGAGGAACAUUCCACUUGGUUAAAUUCUAAUGAUUUGCGAGUUUGAGGUUACUUUGAUAGACUUGUAGGGUAAAAAAGUUAAAAAUUGGAGAGGCAUUGCUCGAUUAAUUGUUGAUAUGAAAAACUUGCAAGAAAUUUUGUCUUACAGUAAAAAAUCUAAGCCCCUCACGUCAUUCACUGUACUGAAGAUACUACAGAAUUCCGCUUGAAAUAUUUGUUAUUUGAUUCGAUCUUCAAUCAAGACCUCUCACGCUAUCCUGACAAUUGACAAUCAUUUAUUAUGGGAAAGAAACAAUGGGCUAUUACAAAUAUACACUGAUUGGAGAGAGAGAGAGAGAGAGAUGAAUUUUUUUUGCAAAAAUGUUGUAUAAAGAAUUAUUUAUGGAUAUCCUGUAUGCAUGAUACUUUGUUCAAAUGUGCUUUGUGUAAGGCCUUUUGACUGGGAUCUUAUUUGAAUAACAGUGAAGAAAAUACUGUAGUGUUAAUGCUCAACAAUAUUAUUCCAAAAGGAACUUUAAAGGAAAAAGUUUUGUUAAUCUUCUAUUCAAAUAAAAUUUUUAAACUUGGUUUUACCACAGAA